AUAUAGUGAAUGCAGGGUCCGGGGAGAGCGGAUAUAGUGAAUGCGGGGUCCGGGGAGAGCGGAUAUAGUGAAUGCGGGGUCCGGGGAGAGCGGAUAUAGUGAAUGCGGGGUCCGGGGAGAGCGGAUAUGGUGAAUGCAGGGGUCCGGGGAGAGCGGAUAUGGUGAAUGCAGGGUCCGGGGAGAGCGGAUAUGGUGAAUGCAGGGUCCGGGGAGAGCGGAUAUGGUGAAUGCAGGGUCCGGGGAGAGCGGAUAUGGUGAAUGCAGGGUCCGGGGAGAGCGGAUAUGGUGAAUGCAGGGUCCGGGGAGAGCGGAUAUGGUGAAUGCAGGGUCCGGG